CGUGCUCGCGACCCUUAUUAGUCACGGACGGAGCAAGCGCACAUUCACAUCUGCCGCUUAGUAACGCGCAGGAGCACGCUGGCGGCUUAGACGCGACUACAUUUUCAGCUUUUCCCUCGCUCGACCCACUGACUUUCCUAUACAAACAAGUUGAGCGCUUCGCUUAGCUCACAACUUUUUUUUUUUUCUUUUUUUUUUACCACAGGUGGUGUCGGCGAUGGCGCCUCUUACGCGCCUUGCUUUACUGCCGUUAGUUUCGGCCUUGGUGCUAGUGGUCUCGCUUCCGGUGUCCACACAAGAGGCCGCAAGUGAGGGUGGCAUAAAUGGCUUCAGCCUGCACCCGCCGUACUUCAACCUGGCGGAGGGCACCAAAAUCACUGCCACUGCCACCUGCGGGGAAGACGAGGCUGGAAAGAGCGUGCCCGACCUCUACUGCAAGCUGGUCGGUGGACCGGUGUCGGGAGACCCUGGACAGACCAUCCAGGGCCAGUACUGUGACAUUUGUCGCUAUGGCGACAGCGACCGUGCCCACCCCAUCACAAACGCCAUUGACGGCACAGAGCGAUGGUGGCAGAGCCCGCCACUGUCGCGCAGUACUAAGUUCAACGAAGUCAAUGUCACACUGGACCUUGGACAGCUCUUCCAUGUGGCCUAUGUGCUCAUCAAGUUCGCCAAUUCUCCACGUCCAGAUCUGUGGGUUCUAGAAAGGUCGGUGGACUUCGGGCAGACGUACCAGCCAUGGCAGUACUUCUCCUCCACCAAGCGAGACUGCAUUGAGCGCUUCGGACAGCAAACCAUCGAAAGGAUCUACAACGACAACGACAUAAUUUGCAGCACCGAAUAUUCCCGAAUCGUUCCUUUGGAAAAUGGAGAGAUUGUAGUGUCACUGGUGAACGGGCGUCCGGGAGCGAAGAACUUCUCUUACUCCCCUGUGCUCCGUGAUUUCACCAAAGCUACGAACAUCCGCCUGCGUUUCCUGCGCACCAAUACGCUCCUCGGCCAUUUGAUGGGGAAAGCCUUGCGAGAUCCAACUGUCACACGCCGGUAUUACUACAGUAUCAAAGACAUCAGCAUCGGUGGACGCUGUGUGUGUAACGGACACGCUGAAGCAUGCAGUGCUCAGGACCUCAACGAUCCUUACAAGCUGCAGUGCGACUGUCAGCACAACACAUGUGGUGCAUCAUGUGACCAGUGUUGCCCUGGAUACCAUCAGAUGCCGUGGAAACCAGCCACCACUUUCAGUGCCAACGAGUGUGAACCAUGCAACUGUCACCGCCAUUCAUUUGAUUGCUUCUACGACACUGACGUGGAUCAGCGGCACGGGAGCCUCGACAUCCGAGGAGAGUACAGAGGGGGCGGAGUCUGCCUCAACUGUCAGCAUCACACCACUGGGGUCAACUGUGAGCGCUGUAUCCUUGGCUACUACAAAGCGCCGGACACAACCAUUGACUCACCACGAGCUUGCGCACCCUGUGACUGUGAGUCAUUGUUCAUGGAUGGGACGUGUGAGGACAUGACAGGACGUUGCUUCUGCAAAGAAAACUACGCUGGCGACAACUGCGAACAAUGUGCUGACGGCUUUGUCAACUUCCCAGAUUGUUACCCUUUCCCCACCUACCCUAGUAACAACAACGGUGAGGCCAAACCAGCCGGAGAGAUCAUUAACUGUGAGUGUAAUGCGGCCGGCACUAUUGACAACUCAUGCAGACCCGAUCCACAAAGCAGAAUAUGCUUGUGCAAACCUGGCUUCACUGGCGACCACUGUGACAUGUGUGCACCAGGCUUCCAUGGACUCAACUGCCAAGCCUGUCAGUGUUCAGGUCCGGGUUGCCUGGAUGGUUCCUGUGACAUACUAACGGGUGACGGUGUCUGUCGCAGUGGUUUCCAUGGUUACCAUUGUGACCAGUGUGCAUCAGGCUACUUCAUCUACCCGCUCUGUCAGUUGUGUGGUUGCAGUUCUGUGGGCUCUUUGCCUGAAAUCUGCGACCAAUUUGGUCGCUGUCUGUGCAAAGCAGAAUUUGAGGGUCCUCGGUGUGAACGGUGCCGAUCUGGAUUCUACUCUUACCCCAAUUGUCAAGUGUGCAUGUGCGACCCUCGCACGUCAUACAAUACCAGCUGCACGGCGUCGGGUCAGUGCCACUGCCGACCUAACUUCAGCGGCGCCUCAUGUGACCAAUGUGCGCCCGGUUACUAUGGCUACCCCUGGUGCACACCAUGCCUGUGUUCCACAGAAGGUUCUCGCUAUAGCAGCUGUGAUGAGGUGACUGGUCAGUGUGCUUGUCUGCACAAUGUUCAUGGCCAGCGCUGUGACAGCUGUGCUCACGACACCUAUGGCUUCCCAAACUGUCAAGCUGGCACAUGUCAUCCUGCAGGUUCCAUUGCAGGUUCCGUUGAUGUUGUUUCUUCUCCUGUGGGCUAUUGCGCAUGUCGUGAUGGCGUUGAGGGCAUGGCAUGUGACCGCUGUAAACCUCUGUAUUGGAACUUGUCCCCCAACAUUUUUGAUGGAUGCAAUAAGUGUGAGUGUAACAUCGCUGGAACGCUGAGCGGUGUUGCAGUCUGUGCACAGGACAGUGGUCAGUGUCACUGCAAGCCAAAUUCUUGCAGUAGCACCUGCAGCACCUGCAAAGAUGGCUUCUACAACCUGCAGGAGCACCAGUACUUUGGCUGCCAAGGGUGCCAGUGUGAUAUCGGUGGCUCUGAGGGUCAAGCCUGUGAUGAGCAGAGCGGUCGCUGUCACUGUAGACCGAAUGUGCAGGGACUCAAGUGCAACUUAGCUGCUGUGGAUUAUUAUUUUCUUGACCUUCACCACCUCAAGUUUGAGGCGGAAGAAGGCACCAUGUUGGAUGGCCGGUCGGUGCGCUUCGGCUACGACCCUGUGGAAUUCCCUGGCUUCAGCUGGAGGGGUUAUGCUCAAAUGUCUCCCAUCCAGUCAAAGGUGCUGGUGCCGGUGUGGGUGGGUUCUCCAGACCUCUUCCGCAUGGUGCUGCGCUACACCAACAUGGAAGGCGUAGACAUCCGGGGUCGAGUGUCUGUGCUGGAGGACGAUGGGAAAAUCUUCUGCACCAACUGUUCUGAGCAGUCCAAGCAGAUUGUCUUCGCUCCCACCACGGGCCCAAGCUUUGUCAACAUUCCCCAGAACAACUUUGUGGAACCAUUUGUUCUCAACCCUGGAGCUUGGACAGUGUUCAUAGAGGCUGAAGGAGUUCUCCUUGAUUUUUUGGUCCUUCUGCCAAGCUCCUACUACGAGGCUCCCAUCCUGCAAAUGCAUAUUACAGACCCAUGCAUGUUCAGCUCUCCACUGGAUGCUAGCCACAACAGCUGCUUACAAUACACGUACUUGUCUCUGGACGCCUUCCCUUCUGUGUCUGGCAAUGACGCCAUUUGUCGCUAUGACAACCACCUGCCACGCCCCUGCCCCACCGAAAGGCUUACUCUUCGCCAUCCGAACAUGGCUGUCUGCAGUGGCUACGAUAUCAGAGUGGAGAUGAAAGCAAAUGUGAAGCCUGGGGACGUCUAUCUACUGGUGGUGGAGUAUGCCAACGUGGAGGAGUCGCCACAAACGCUCGCUGUCACCUUCAACUUGCCAGGAGCCCAAAGACAACAACACAGUGUUACUCUGAUACGCUGCACUUACAGCUUUCUGUGUCGAGUGGUUGCCGUUGAUGAACACAAGCGAGUGGCACGCUUCUCUCUGCCAGGUGACGCAGAGCUCCAGUUGUCUGCCGAGAACGCAAGCUUUUUUUUGCACAAAAUCCAUCUGGUUCCUCAAGAUCACUUCUCCAUGGAGUAUGUGGAUCCUAAAGUCCUUUGCAUUAGCACUCAUGGACACUUCUCCCAGGACAGCUUCUCUUGCGUCCCCUCGCGCUUUCGCAUGCCAUCCAACUCACUGGUGUUGAAGGAGGGUCAAAGCUCCAACAUGCCAGAGCCCAUCUUGGCCUCCCACACAACCGCUCCACCUCUGCCCAGUUCCCAGAGAGAGCCAUCAGCCCGGGCAGCAGCAGAGCUACCCCCUCAGGCAGCGGACGAUCGUGACCACGUCAGACUUCACUCGCAACAGAAUGCAGCAGUGUACUCUACUCAUGUUCACGCAUUGGGACGGUAUGUCUUCAUCCUCCAUUAUCACCAACCUCUGCACCCAACUUACUCCAUCCAGGUCUACAUCAGCGGUGGGCGAAUCUGGAAAGGCCAUGCCAAUGCCUCCUUCUGUCCGCACGCAUAUGGCUGUCGAACCGUCCUGGUGUCGGAAAACCAGAUCAUCCUUGAUGUCAGUGAACACAAGCUGUUCCUCACUGUGCAGAUUCCUGCAGAUAAAACACUGUGGUUGGACUACGUGCUAGUGGUGCCUGAGUCUAGCUACAGCUCCAGCUACUUGAAUGAGGAGCCUCUGGACAAAUCCUAUGACUUCAUUAGCAACUGCGGCCUGAACAGCUUCUUCAUCAAUCCAUCCAUUGCAUCACCCUUCUGCCUCCGCGCAGCCACGUCACUGUCAGCCUUUGUUAACAACGGCGCAGUGCCGUGCGCGUGUCAUGAGGUUGGUGCAGAGAGUGAUUCCUGUGAAUCGUUUGGUGGUCAGUGCCGCUGCAAGCCAAAUGUGAUUGGUCGAGACUGCUCCAUGUGUGCCACGGGAUACUGGGGUUUCCCCAACUGCAGGCAGUGUAACUGUGGCACCAGGCUGUGUGAGCCAGUGUCAGGCGAAUGCAUCUGCCCACCGCGGACCCUGCUGCCUGAGUGCACUCAGUGCGAGCCACAGACAUUUGGCUGCCACCCAGUGGUUGGCUGUGAAGUGUGCAAUUGCUCCCGGUCCGGAAUUGUGGCACCUGACGCCAGCUGCGACAAGCUCAGUGGACAGUGCAGAUGCAAGAACAACGUGGUGGGUCGCCAGUGUGACCGCUGUGCAUCAGGUUUCCAUGGUUAUCCAAAUUGCCAACCAUGUGACUGCAAUGAAGCAGGAACUGAGGAAGAAGUGUGCAACUCUUUCACUGGACAAUGUCUGUGCAAGGAGAACGUCCAGGGUUCUCACUGUGAUCAAUGCAGAGUUGGUACAUUCCACUUGGACCCAACCAACCCCAAAGGUUGCACCAGCUGCUUCUGCUUCCGUGCGACGGAACGCUGCAGGAGUUCAGACAAACGAUACAGCGAGAUCAUGAACAUGGAAGGUUGGCUCCUUCUCAGUGCUGACAAACAGGAAGUGCCAGUCAACAUGUAUCCGGAUCAGGACUUGGUGGAGGCUGACCUUAGCGACAUUCCUGAUGUGUACCAGGACCUUCAUUGGUAUGCGCCCAAGACCUACCUGGGAGACAAGCUGUCAUCUUACGGAGGUUACCUGAGAUAUCGUCUUCACACGCAGAGUAUGAGAGGAGACGUCUGGUCUCCUUCUGUAGAACCGCCACAACCUGAUAUCAUCCUAAAGGGCAACCAGAUGACAUUGGUAUUUUUGGAGCGUGAAUAUUCUUCUCCUGCAGAGCCGCAUUUGGGAAUUGUGCACAUGGUUGAGGGAAGUUUUCGACAUGCUCAGACUGGCAACAUUGUCUCCAGAGAAGAGCUAAUGAUGGUUCUGUUGGCUUUGGAGUCUCUGCAGAUCAGAGCCCUUAAUUCCCAGUCAGCCCACUCGGUGUCGCUCCGCGACGCUGUGCUUGAGGGUGCUGAGAGCUUACCAGCUGGUCGCCAUGCCAACAAUGUGGAGCUCUGCAUGUGUCCUGCCAACUAUCUGGGAGACUCUUGUCAGGAAUGUGCUCCAGGUUUCUACAGGGAUGCCAUAGGACUCUUCCUGGGAAAAUGUGUGCCAUGCAACUGUCAUGGACAUUCGGACAAGUGUUUGGACGGAUCAGGAAUCUGCAUGAACUGUCAACACAACACUGCUGGUGACCAUUGUGAGAAAUGUCAGGGUGGUUUUGUCAGCAAUAAUGUUGAUGGGCAGCUGCUGUCGUGUUCCAGUUGUCCAUGUCCACUCAUAGAACCAUCCAACAAUUUCGCCCUUGGUUGCGUAGAGAAAAACGAGCACAUGCAUUGCUUGUGCAUGCCCGGUUACGCCGGACCGCACUGUGAAAGGUGUGCCCCCGGAUACUAUGGUAACCCUAUGGUGCUAGGCAGCACAUGCCAACCAUGCAAUUGCAACGGCAAUACAGACCCCAACACGCUGUUCAUUGACUGCCACCCACUGACGGGCGAGUGUCUGGGCUGCAUGCACAACACAACAGGGCCUCGCUGCAACGAGUGUGCUGUUGGUUACUACGGUGAUGCCAUCGCUGCCAAAAACUGCACCCAAUGCAUUUGUUCACCAUGUGGUACCGAUUCAUGCAACCCGCAUACUGGGCAAUGUCGCUGCAAACCCGGAGUGAUUGGACCUUACUGCGACCGCUGUCAGGACGGCUCGUUCGGCUUUGAGUCAUGCGGCGGGUGUCGACCGUGUGACUGUGGCGCUUCGGCAGCACUGGUGCAGCCUUGUGACCCCCAGAGUGGUCAGUGCAAUUGCCAUCCUGGAGUCAACGGACCCAACUGUCGUCAGUGUGCUCCUGGAUUCUGGGACUAUGGAGUUGAUGGAUGCAAGCAAUGCGACUGCAGGGGCGGUCUGUGCAACCCGCGAACCGGAGAGUGCCACUGUCGGGAUGGUAUGACAGGAAAACAGUGUGAAAUCUGUUCACAAGAACACAACGUACCCGUUGCGCACGAUCAUGACCUGCACUGCGAAGCAUGUGACAGCUGCGUCAUCGUCCUGCUGGAUGAUCUGCAUCAGAUCAACUUUGACUCGCUCGCUGCACAGCUGCACAACCUCAACGCCAGCACCAUGGCCUCGACGCAGUUGCAUAAGCUCAACACAUCUGUUGACGAUGUUGCUCAUGCCAUUGAGAAGUACAACAGCUCGUUGGAUGGCAGCCGUCAUCGCGCCAUUGUACUGGAUGCCGAGAUUGUAAACAUCAGCGCAGACAUGGACAUGCUGGAGGAUAAGACUGCAGCAAAAGCCGAUCGACUCAGCGAGCUGACAAAUAGCACCUUUGACACUCACCAAAGAGCGCACAAUCUGUUGGCCUUCAUCAACAUGGUGACCACGGAUUUAAAUGACAUCAUAGAAAUGGCAAAUUGGUCGCUAAACAAGACGGAAAUAGAUCAGGACAAAGGCGAGCAGGAGCAGAAGAUAGAGGAGGUGGAGGUCAUUUUGGACAAGAUGAGUAGCAGAAGCUGCACUGGACAGAAGAAAAUGGCCGAUCAGGAGAAGAUGGAGGCGGAAAAGCUGUUGGAGCAUGUAGACAAGAACUUGGCACGUCGUCAGGAGUACAACGUGAAUGCGGGUGAAACUGCCAAAAAGUUCCUCUCGCACUUCCACGAUGACAUGAUGGCACUGCGGGACGCCCUGAAUGAGGCGAUCAACAAGACAGCCCAAGCGGUUGAGGUCAACAACAGCAACCAGGAAAUGCUUGAGGACAGCAGGAGGCAAGUGGACGAGCUGAUGUCCAAACGCAAGGAGGUAGACGAGCAGCUGCACAUAACAGAAGACCGUGUGGCUCAAGUCAACGAGCUGCUCUCCAUGCUACAUAACUCCAAAGAGGAUUAUGAGCGUUUGUCAGCACAGCUCGACGGUGCCAGGACACCAUUGUCCAAGAAGGUGCAGGGCUUCAUUUGGGCCAAUUCAAAGAUACUGGUGGAGGAAUCUGAGCGCCAUGCUAAUAUGUUCCACGCUUUGGCUGCAAACCUGUCCAAGUUUGUGGAGAAAACAAAGAGCGAGGGUUUGGUUGACAUGACCAAGGCCUACAACAAUAUAAUUAAUGGCAUCAAAGUGGCCGAGAGGACGGCGGAGGAGGCAGAUGAAGCCGCAAGCAAGACACUUGAGAACAUCGGGAAGCAGAACUUCAGCCAAAUGGCUGACUCGCUGUGGAACAGCAGUGUGUCACUAAAGGAGGAAGUCGAAAAACUCAAUGAGGAACUCAACAAUGAGGUAAAAGCUCAGCUGGAAGAUGGCCACAAGCAACUUAACAAUGUCAAAGCAAAGCAAAAUCAAGUGGCCAUGGACUUCAUGACGAUCAAGAACAACCUGAACUUCUCUUUCUACAUCCCUCAGGACAUUUACAUUGCCAAGCUAGCAAUUCAUCAGGCCAAUGCAUCUGCCUCACAUGUCAAAGAUAUCCUGCGUCCAUUCAGAGAGCAGCUGGACCAAUGGAAGCAGACAUACAGUGAUGCCAACACCACCACCAAGGAUGUCAAUGAGGCACUGUUGGAGGCCAACAAGACGGUGAGCAUGCUGGGCGACACUGUCCCGCUCCUCUUGAACAAGCUGGACAAGCUGCACAACCUCUCCGUGCAGAUGCCAAACAUCUCAGAGAGCAUCAACCGCAUUCGGCAACUCAUCCAGCAGGCGCGUAACGCUGCUAGCAAGGUGAGCGUUCCUGUGAAGUUCAAUGGCACAUCAGGCAUUCAAGUGCGCACUCCGCCCAACCUGGCAGACCUAGCAUCCUAUACCACCCUCAAAUUUUACAUCACAUUGCCCGAGGCUGUGCGCUCCCGCCGUCAGGAAGAUGGCGCCAAGCAGUUUGUCUUCUACCUUGGCAAUAGAGAUUCCUCUAAGGACUUCCUGGGAAUGACGCUGGAAGGGAGGAAGCUGCACUGGUACUUUAACAUCGGUGGUGAAACGGCACAAGUGUUGAUGUCUGAAGAUGUCCAGUCCAACGGAAACUUUAAUAGUGUGGUCCUGGAGAGGAUCCUGCAGUAUGGUCAGAUGUCCAUGUCUUCGGAGGCUUCUGAAGGCGACCAGAGGGUCACCAAAGCCUAUGUGGAGGCGGGAGGAGAUCAAGGGCUUCUCAGCCUUUUGACCAAUAACACUGUCUUCUAUGUGGGGAGGUACCCCAGCACUUUUAAACCCCCUGACCCGUUAGCCUUGCCGGGUUUCAAGGGCUGCAUGGAGUUGGACACGCUCAAUGAAGAAGUACUCAGCUUGUACAACUUUGAGCAAAUCUUCCAUCUGAACACCACACAAGAGAAGCCAUGCGGCAGGUCCAAGUCAGCGCUAACACAGGCCUGGGUGAACGACGCCGCUUAUUUUGACGGCACCGGCUUUGCCGAAAUCACCUUCAGCGAUGAGUCGGCACGCAUGCAACGCUUCGAGCAGGAAGUCAAGUUGGUCUCCCACAGAGGGAUUUUGUUGCUGCUUCAAAACAGAGACCAGUUCUUGUGUCUGGCCGUGGUCCAAAGCCACCUGAAGGCUUUCUUCAAGUUUGGUGGUGAGAUGGAGGAAUUUCACCCCAAAGAUCCCACCUCCCCACUCCUUAGGGUCAGCGAUGCGAAUCCCAAAGUAUUGGAGAUCAUCAUCCUGCGAUCUCCUCCGUAUCGAGUGGUGGUGAGGAGCAACCGCAUCCAACUCUUCACGCAAUUGUUUUCUGAGAACAUCCCAGCCUUUGGACGCACAUACUUUCUGGGAGGAGUCCCUGAACACAACUUGCCUGACAGGUUGCGGCCCUUAUUUCCUAACCAGGGCUCUCUAAAGGGAUGUUUCCGGAACGUCAAAGCUCAGAAUUCCCAUAUUGACCUGAAAAGGAUGACAAGCUCCGGAGUCAGUUUUGGAUGUGACAGUGACCUGCUGGUGGCUCGUGAGGCUCACUUCUCGGGUCAGAGCUACCUGGACAUGGAGCUGAGCAAUGUUCCUGGAUUUAGGAGCAAUUUCUAUGCCAGUUUCAGCUUUAGGACUGAGCACAAGGACGGACUCAUGUUUUUCCAUCACAACAAGGAUGGCAUUUGUCAGGUGUUUCUGCAUGAAGGUCACGUGGUGGUGAGAGCAGGCAACACCGAAGUGAAGACACAGAAGACAUACAACGAUAACAACAGUCAUUACGUGGCUAUCUACAACAAAAUCAACGGUGUGCGUGUUUACAUGAAUGAUGUGCUGGAGAAGUCCAAGGAGACUGUCUGGCUGGACACCAGGAGAAGUGGCUUGGUGGCUAGCUUGGAGGGCCGCACCUUCUUGGGGGGCAUGCCCGAUCAGAGUUUAAGCAACCUGACGGGAUGCAUGAGCAAUGUUUUCAUCAGGAGGGAGACUAGUCCUCAGAUGGUGGUGAAUCUGCUGAAGGUCAGAGAUAACAUCAAUGUUCCGCUUGACUGUCCCGCUGCCGCAAAGCCUCAGCAGAUUCUGUCCGUGCCAGCCAAACACAACAGCAAGUCUAAGGGGAAAAACAAGAAGUUGUCCAGGUCACGCAGUCGCAACACCAGGGAGUCAUGCCAAGGGGUGCUGUUGGACCAGGAAGUGGGAGCUCUGCAAUUUAGUGGGUCAAUGCUAAGCUACCAACGCUUCGACACUGUUCCUGCUUCCCUGAGCUCCAAGCCUCACAUCUCCAUAGCUGUGAGGAUCAAUUCAUCGGAAGGUUUGAUCCUCUACGCGUCAGAUGGCAUCCUGUCUUUGGCUGUGUCGGAGGGUCAUUUGCUGUUGUCACUGGGAAAGAAGAGGAAGGUUAGCCUGCGCAGCCGCACCAGGAUGGACGACAAAUACUGGCACACGGUAUUCAUUAAGCGUGACAAGGACAAGAUCAAUAUGAUUGUGGAUGGCGUUGGCGCUCAGUCCAGGAAGAUUCCUGCAGGAGACCGCACACGCAUCAGUGCACCGUUGUAUGUGGGAGGAGUUCCGCCGCAAUCUCCAACGUCUACUGCCUUGCCUGGCUUCGUUGGCUGCGUUCGUCAGCUGAUCAUGAAUGAGAGCCCUGUGGGAGUCCCCGCCCACAGCCAGGGUGUGGUACCCUGUUUCCAGAAGCCUCUGCAGCCCGGUGCCUUCUUCACCGGCAAGGGAGGACAUGUGGUCGUCGAUGAGCUGCUAGCUCUGGGUGGCGACCUGGAGAUCCGACUGGAAGUCCGUCCGUUGUCCGAUUCUGGGUUGCUGUUGCAUGCUGGGAGGACAUCAGGCCAGCAUUUGAUCUUGACACUGCGCAGAGGAGAGGUGCUGCUGUCCAUGAACAGCGGUAAAGGUGAUGCCUUGUUGUUGUUGGUCCCAGAAGAGGCACUCUGCAAUGGACGUUGGCACACCAUCGCAGUGGUAAAGAAGAAGAACGUCCUGAAACUCCAUGUAGAUGCAGAGAGUCAGAGUGGCGCCGGACCCAAAUAUGGCCGCUCAGCAGGGGUCAGAGAAGUAGUAUACCUCGGAGGCGUUCCCGAUGGCAUCACCGCAUCACCAGGCCUCCCCGCUUUCCACGGCUGCAUCCAUCAUGUGAUAAUCAACGGUCGCCCCACUCCUUUCAACAAGGUUCUGUCAGUUGGCGGUGCUGUGGGGACACACGGCUGCCCUAUUGAUUAGCACCAACACACGUGUAUGUGUGUGUGUCUGUAUACAGUCUUAGCUUCACAUUCCAUGGGUGCAAAUUAAUGAUGGUGGGUGGCAUUUGAUUAGUUUAUUUAUAUCUAUAUUAAUGCACGUAUAUCCGAUAUCCACACGGUGCUCCGGUUUGUGCGUGCACUUGUAUGUACACUGCAAUCACCUCCACCUGCACACUAAAAUUCCCUCAAGUGUAUGACAUUAUUGCAGCAUAUCAUUGCAAUCCACAAAUACCUCAUGCAUAUUUGGCCUUCUGGCAGUGAAGUGCUGUCUUUGUCUGAUUACAUCCCAACAUGUACUUUUGGCUGGAAGGGGGGCACGAUCACAUGAUGUGAGCAUGUGCACCGCGUUAAUGUUUCAUGUAUUCACUUUUGUUUCUUGUUAUGCUAUGCUAAUCACAUUCACCUUAGGUUUUUCAUGUACUUUGAAAUUAAACUUGUAAACACAAUAAUGUUUUCUUUAUUUCUUUACAAUUAAUAAAUAUGAAACCUGUUUGAGAAAAUUA